AGAGAGAGGAGGAGAGGGGGAGCUGAAUGCAGUCCAGCCUCUGCGCCGCGAACAGCAGCCAGUCCGACACUGAAGGACACGGAGAGAGGAGAGAGGAGAGAGGAGGAGGGAAACUAACAGGAGAUAAAAGAAGAGAGAUUUACUCCUUCCAUCCUGAUCUCUGUCUGCGUGACAGCGAGCGCUCGGAUAAGGAGGACGAACAGCAGCAGGAGGUAAAGACAGAAGAAGCAGAGAGGAGGAGGUGGUGGAGGAGGAGGUGGUGUUGGAGGUCCCUGUGUUCCUCUCCUCACGGCCGUCGGUGUCAUUGCGGCAGCUGGGCGAGUGUCGGUGUCAGGUGGAUGUGGAGUAAAGCUGGGAUCUGCGAUCACGAGGAGUUCGCUGCUGUUUGUCUGUUGCACCUUUUUCUCUCUCUCUCUCCUCCGGUGCAGACGCUCUAUUCGCUCUGUCGGUCGAUGGACUACCACUCUGCUGCUCUCUCUCUUUUUUCCUUACCGUAACUGUGCCGGCACCACGACCGGCGUCCGCUGGCUCGCCCACGGAGACGAGAAGCAGAUGGGUCUCGUCAGAUCCGCCUCAGCGUGGCGUUCAUUUCCCAGCAUGCCACAGGUGUGACCCCACCCUCACAAACAGCUCCCUGGCCAAUCAACAUGUCUUCCUCAGAGGUGCCAUGGCAACCGCAUCCGCUCAAAGACUGAGCGGUCCCCGGCUGCUGCACUGAGGGCGGAGCAAAGGAUUGUGGGACGUGGAUGUAAACAAACGGACAGAGACAGAAACAGGAGUCUUUGUUUGUCUGAAGAUGUCGACUCGCAGGAGGUGACGCGCCGCACGCUCUGUCAUGUAGCCGCCGCCGACCUGCACAACAUCCUGUUUUUAACAAGCACACACACACACACACACACACACACACACACACACACACUGAGCGAGGACUUAUAAAGCGUUACCGGGUUAUUAUCAUCCGCGCCGCUUCCUAUUUUCAUCUUUAAUCUUCGCAUUCUGAGUAAUCAUCUUUUUAAUUAAUGGCGACGGCGGCGUGAAAUCUUCCAUCACCGCCCUCCCCUCCUCCCUCCUCCCUCCCUCCUCCCUCCCUCUCUCUCUCUCUCUCUCCCCUUCCCGCCACCGCCGCCGCCAGGGACACCUGAAACCAAUUAGCAGCAGCAGAUCUGGACGGGGAUUAGACGCAGGACGAGCCGCAGAGAUUAGAUCCAAACACAGAGACGGCGAGGGGGUGAAGGAGGCGGGGGCAGAAGAGCAUCCCGUCAGUCAUUCUGGGUAAUCGAUAGGAGGGAGGAGCAGAGGGCGGGGCGUAUGGUGGACAUGGCGAGAUGGGAGUCAGCAGGUAGGGUCGACUGUAGGUGCCCCGAGUCUUGACUGACAGGCGCUCCAGCUCUUGGCUGGUCGCCACCAUCAGGCCAAUUAAGAGAAUUUGAUUAUCGGCCUUAAUCGACACACACCGUGAUCUCCACCCGUCUGAGUGUCUUCUCCUUCGUCUCAUCCACAAACAAGAUCUUAGGUCUUUUUCCAGGAGGAAGCGGCCUCCUUCUCCUCCUCCUCCUCCUCCUCCUCCUUUGACUCGUGUCCGAGGUCACACAGGUUUCCUCCUCUUCUCUUUCCUCGGUUUCAGUCCUCCUUCCAGACUCUCCUCCUCCUCCUCCCGUGGUGGACAUGACCUCUCUGUGUGUCCCUGCAGCCUCGUAUCAAGCGUGAGAUAAAGGGAGAGGGACUGAGACUGAGACGGAGACAGACACCCUCGAGCUCACCUCCUCUUUUUUAAAAGUCGUCUCCACCCUGGAGCUUCACCAGCGCCUCCUCCUGUGGAUCGUACACUCCUCCGUCCGUCUGUCCUGGACCCGCUGAGAUUAAACUGGCUUCCAUCAUCCGGAGGAAUCUUUUGAUAUCGGCUCCUGGUGUCGUCAUCUUCAUUCUGUGGCGGUACAGGCAGCCAGCAGACCAUUCUCCAUGAGGAGCAGUGGAAGAUGCCGGCUCUGCCAGCACUGCUGCUGUCGAUUUACGUCGUUGUCCUGCUGCUGACCAUGGCACCGCUCUCCUUCAGCCAGGCCAACACCCUCUCUGCCGUCCGGAUGGCGGCCAUUUUGGACGACCAGUCAGUGUGUGGUCAUGGCGAGCGUCUGGCGCUGGCUCUGGCGAGGGAGAACAUCAACAGUCUGAUGGCGGAAACCUCCCAGGCGAGGGUGGAGGUGGACGUCUACGAGCUGCAGAAGGACUCCCAGUACGACACCACCGACACCAUGUGUCAGAUCCUGCCCAAGGGCGUGGUCUCAGUGAUCGGCCCCGCCUCCAGCCCCGCCUCCGGGUCCACCAUCAGCCACAUCUGUGGGGAGAAAGAGAUCCCUCACGUGAAGAUCGGUCCUGAGGAAACCCCGAAGCUGCCGUACCUUCGCUUCGCCUCGGUGACUCUUUACCCGAGUAACGAGGACCUGAGCCUGGCCAUCGGAUCCAUCCUGCGCUCCUUCGGUUACCCGACAGCAAGCCUCGUCUGUGCCAAAGCAGAGUGCCUGCUGCGAUUGGAGGAGCUGGUCCACCGCUUCCUCAUCUCCAGGGAGACGCUGUCGGUGCGAAUGCUGGACGACAGCCUGGACCCCACCCCCCUGCUGAAGGAGAUCCGAGACGACAAGGUGGCCACCAUCAUCAUCGACGCCAACGCCUCCAUCUCCUACCACAUCCUCCGGAAGGCGAACGAGCUGGGGAUGACAUCAGCCUUUUACAAGUACAUCCUCACCACCAUGGACUUCCCUCUGCUGCGGCUGGACGACGUGGUGGACAAUCAGUCCAACAUCGUGGGCUUCUCCAUGCUGAACGGCAGUCACCCCUUCUACCUGGAGUUCCUCAGGAGCCUCAACCUGUCCUGGAUGGAAGGAUGCGACAUCAGCCCGUACCCAGGACCAGCGCUGUCAUCAGCUCUGAUGUUCGAUGCGAUUCACGUGGUGGUGAGCGCCGUGCGGGAGCUGAACCGCAGUCAGGAGAUCGGAGUGAAGCCGCUGAGCUGCACCUCCCCGCUCAUCUGGCAGCAUGGAACGAGCCUCAUGAACUACCUGCGCAUGGUGGAGUACGACGGUCUGACGGGUCACAUUGAGUUCAACAGCAAAGGCCAGAGGACCAAUUACACCCUGAGGAUCCUGGAGAAACACCCCGGGGGCCAUAAAGAGAUUGGUACCUGGUACUCCAACAACACGUUGGCCAUGAACUCCACCUCCCUGGACCUCAACGCGUCGGAGACGCUGGCUAACAAGACGCUAAUCGUCACCACAAUACUGGAAAACCCGUACGUGAUGCGUAAGUCCAACUAUCAGGACUUUCAGGGGAACAACCAGUACGAAGGUUUCUGUGUGGACAUGCUGCGCGAGCUGGCAGACAUCUUGAAGUUCUCCUUCAAGAUCAAGCUGGUGGACGACGGACUGUACGGAGCCCCGGAGCCCAACGGCAGCUGGACCGGCAUGGUGGGAGAGCUGAUCAACAGGAAAGCCGACCUGGCGGUCGCCGGCUUCACCAUCACGUCAGAGCGAGAGAAGGUGAUCGACUUCUCCAAACCCUUCAUGACUCUGGGGAUCAGCAUCCUGUACCGGGUUCACCUGGGUCGUAAACCGGGUUACUUCUCCUUCCUGGACCCGUUCUCUCCGGCUGUCUGGCUCUUCAUGCUGUUGGCCUACCUCGCCGUCAGCUGCGUCCUCUUCCUCGCCGCCAGACUCAGCCCGUACGAGUGGUACAACCCGCACCCGUGCCUGCGCGAGCGGCGGGACGUCCUGGAGAACCAGUACACGCUGGGGAACAGUCUGUGGUUCCCCGUGGGCGGCUUCAUGCAGCAGGGCUCCGAGAUCAUGCCCCGGGCUCUGUCCACCCGCUGCGUCAGCGGAGUCUGGUGGGCGUUCACGCUCAUCAUCAUCUCGUCGUACACGGCCAACCUGGCGGCGUUCCUGACGGUGCAGAGGAUGGAGGUUCCCAUCGAGUCUCCGGACGAUCUGGCCGACCAAACCAACAUCCAGUACGGGACCAUCCACGGAGGAUCCACCAUGACCUUCUUCAUGAACUCGCGGUACCAGACGUACCAGCGGAUGUGGAACUACAUGUACUCCAAGCAGCCCAGCGUGUUCGUGAAGAGCACGGAGGAAGGCAUCGCCCGAGUCCUCAACUCCAAGUACGCCUUCCUGAUGGAGAGCACCAUGAACGAGUACUACCGCAGCCUCAACUGCAACCUGACGCAGAUCGGAGGUCUGCUGGACACCAAAGGAUACGGCAUCGGCAUGCCGCUGGGCUCUCCAUACAGAGACGAGAUCACUCUGGGUAUCUUACAGCUGCAGGAGAGCAACAGGCUGGAGAUCCUGAAGAGGCGCUGGUGGGAGGGAGGACAGUGCCCCAAAGAGGAGGACCACCGAGCCAAAGGUCUUGGCAUGGAGAACAUCGGCGGGAUCUUCGUGGUCCUGAUCUGUGGCCUCAUCAUCGCCGUCUUCGUAGCCAUCAUGGAGUUUGUGUGGUCGACGCGCCGCACCGCCGAGACGGACGAGGUAAACCAUCAUCAUCAUCAUCCUCCUCCUCCUCCUCCUCUCUCGUCCUCCUCCACCUCCUGCCCCGCCCCCGGCCUCAACCUCAGCCCAGACACCUCAGUGUCUGUCUGUCAGGAGAUGCUGACGGAGUUUCGUAACGCUGUCUCCUGUAAGAAGAGUUCUCGUUCACGGCGCCGUCGUCCUCUGAGCAGCGCUGGGGGCGGAGUCUUGCGUCACCCGUCCCGCCUGGCUCUGGCCGCCCCUCGUCCGAUCCGAUUGGUCCGCGAGAUGCGUCUCAGCAACGGCAAACUGUACAGCGGCGCCGGUCCGCUGACGGGCGGGCUGGCGGGGCUUGGGGGAGGUCUGGGAGGAGGCCCUGAUUUGGGCCCGGGGCCACAGAGGCUCCUGGAGGACCCGCUAGGCGCCAACGCCACCGCCAGCACGCCACCUCCCCCUCCUCCUCCGGCAUCGGCGCUGGUGGCUCCACCCGCCCCGCCGCGGAGCUUCCUGCAGGGCUGCAGCCACGUGCGGAUCUGCCAGGAGUGUCGACGGAUCCAGAGUCUGAGGCCGACGGCGCUCACGCCUCCGCCGCCUCCUCCGCCCUCCUCGUCCUCCUCCGCCUCCUCCUGCUCCCGGAUACCUCCAUCCGUGGCCACACCGGGUCACCACCACCGCCACAACCCCCACCACCACCACCUCCACUACCACCACGGCUCCAUGUCGCUGCCCCGCCUCCCGCCUCCACCUCCUCCGAUACCAGCAGACAGAGCCGACAGCGACGGGGGCGGAGGCGUGGGGAGCCCUCGGCGAGGCAACACCAAACCGCUGCCACCACCCCGGCCGAUGCCCCCACCCAAGACGCCAACGCGACCGCCGACAGACUUACAUGGGGGGCAUGACUGAGCGGGCCGUCAGAGGGGUCAAAGGUCGUGGUUUUAGACCCUGGUUGAACUUUUUUGGCCCCGACGGCACCGCGGGGGGUCACUCAUUGGAUCAUACCAAGAACCGCCCCACAGGAGGGGGGGCGGGCGGAUCAAACCACUCUGAAUCAAACGUUACAUUUUGGAUCGAACCAGCUGAGGCGAGCGCCCGGAUCCAGGAGGGACAAACAGGAAGUGCCUGUCAAAUGGACGCCAUCCUGGGGCCUCCCGCCUCCCGCCUCCUCCCUCCUGCCUCGGCCAAUCAUCACACUCCGUGCCAAGCGAGGAGGACUCAGAGAGACAGGCUGUGUUCAUCAUCAGCACUCUGAGGUUUUACUGUUUGAAUACUGAACCAGGUGUUUGUAUAGAAGGAGAGCUCACACACACACACACACACACACACACACACACACACACACACACAGUUACAUCAUGUGUCAAUCAUGUGGACGUCUCUGGAGGAUGUAGCUCCCCGCUGAUGCUCACCUGGAGGUUGGAGGCGGUUCUUCUUCUCCUCUGUGCAGCAUCACAUUCACCAAGUAAAGACACAGCGAGGCGUCCUGAUGGCUGUCGACCUGACGGGGUUUGACCCAAUCACAGACGAGUAUUUCAUGUUUAGCUCCUCCUGCUUCAGAUGGAUGUCUGUCAGGACGCCGUUAGCUUAGCUUAGCAGAAAGAUGAGUAAAAAGAAACCUGCAGUUCCUCUAACGUCCACCUGAGGCUGGCUCCAGC